GUUUUAAACCCAAGAUGAGUUAUAACCAUGAUACUGAGUUUGUCAAAGGAAUGAGGAUGCCUAGCAAGCUCAAAACAAUGAAAAUGAAUGUGCAUGAGAUAAACUAUCUGAUCAGUCGGAAAUUAUCUAAAAAACCUGGGAAGUCUAAGGACAGUUGUAACUUCUCUGACAGAAAAACCUCAACACAAGACAUUGCUGCUAAGGAAUAUUCCCGAAAUAAGGAGCUUAUUAAGAAACUGAGAACUUUCAAGUUGAAUGAUAGUACAGAUUCCGAUGAAAAGCACUCUGAGGAAAGAAAAGAAGGAGUUGACUCAAACGAUAUGAUAAUUAACCGGUUCUACUCUAAUAACGGAGGGAGUAGAAACCUGGCUUACUCGAAUCACCAGUUGAUAUCUUGUUUAAAGACUCAGUUAAGUACUGAGGAAGAGAAUGGAAUCAAUGUUAGCAAAAGCAUAUGAAGCUUAGGAGAGAGAAAUUGCUUACCUUCAGACCUUGAGCCUAUUCGUAAUCCUACUCAGCAGCUGUCGUUUGAGUUUGGAGGAGAAUCAUUACAAAAUAAACAGACUAGAGCCAAUAAAACCAGGAGGCGUCAUAGAAAUAUUAGAAUUAGAGAAGAAGAGGUUGAUGAAGAUGAUGAUAAAGUUAGAAUUAGUGACAAUCUUGAAAAUCAAACUUUGGAUGGUAAAACAUCCCCCGGAUACAAGGACAUCAGACUGUUCCUCUCUACACAGAUUGGGAUUUCAAAUCAUCCAAGCAGACAGAAGUCCCAAAAUGUAGUGAUCUCCCAAUCGCUGACAACAAAAUAAGAAUCGCUACAAGCCCGAUGUGAAGGAAAAGAAGCUACCCAAAAGACCCAGAGCUCAUACCCAAAUUCAGACAAGUGUCCACACACGAAAGCACACUGGGGCGACUGGGACUCCUAAAUAAGCAUACAAUGACCAGGAUCCCAUCUGUCAAAAAUUCAGAAUCUGACUUGAAAUCAGACCCUGAAAUCGGUACCCAAAUGUUUCCAAGUCUUCCAAAGAGAUUAGUCGGGGAUUGUUCCAAGGGCUGUCAUAAGUACCAUAUCACAAAGCCGAUCACUAAUAUCAAGGCCAGGACAUAUCUCAAAAUCCUGAAGGAGAAGGAACUUAAACGUAAAUAAGAAGCUUGAGCUCAUCCGGGAGAAGAUCAAGCAAGAAGAGAAGAAGCAGAAGGAUACUGCGAUAGAGGUUGUUCUUAAUUUGAGAAAGCUUAAUGGGGACCUUAAAACCGGUAGGAAUGACACCCUCAUUCCGCCCAAUCUUAAGCUCAAGCUGAAGACAAAGAAUCAUCCGCUUUAUAGCAACAUUUUAGGAUCAAAGCAGCCUAGGAGGGAUAAAUCGAAGAGAGAUCCAAACGCUAGCGGCUCUAUUAAGGAAAUCAGGAAGAGAGUUUCAUCACUUAUUAAAGGCAAGAAGCCUGGUUUUGGGAGAAGGAUGAAAAGUAUGGUCGGAACAUAUGCUAACAGGAAUAUGAUCAAAGAGUCUCGCAAAGCACAUCAGAUGGUUCUUGAGAGCAUAGCCAAUUCUUUUGGAUCAAAAUAAAUAACAAUCUCAAGACUCUUUGGUA